ACUUGAAAAUGCCGCAGUAAGCUGCCCGGUCCCUGGUGGCCGUUCUUGGCUAUGUUUCGCUGCACCCGCCAUCACUUUGCAAAGGGCCGUAAAAAGGCAGCGUUCCCCGGUUCACUGCAGUUUUAAUUUUAAAGUUAGUAAACCCUGAGUUUCUCCCCUAAAGGAUUGCUAGAAGCUGCGUCCAGGGCCACGGGGAGGUAGCUCACUCGAGGAGUCAUCGACAGGUGUCUUCUGAGUGUUCCUAGGGAGGAUCUCAGGAAUCCACUUCGAAUGUUUCUUUUGGAGAGUAGUGUCAGAUACAUGGAGAUAACAUUUUUGCAAAAGUAGGCCUUUCGAGAUUUGAACUUCUGGCAGGGAACUAAAUGAGAAAAUAAUUAGGUAGGAUGACAGGGUGUUUAAAGUGAAACGAAGCGAUGACUUCAAAGGUGGAGUAAAAUACUUGGAGACCCAAUGAAGAAUUGCCCUAAUUCGGUGGCUGAUGGGCCCGGUCUUAGGCAAGACAGUUUAUUCUCCGGGCUUGUUAGGGCUGUCCAGCAGGGCGUUUUGGGAAUCCAGUUCUCCUGUGUUGUUCUGAUGUAUUUUUUUGCAAGGGGUUUACCUAAGUAACCAAAAUAAGUUUAGGAAAAGGGAUUAUGAGAUAGACUGUGGCUCAAAUACUGAAAUAAAGUUUUUCUUUCUUAGAAGAACUUUACAAAGUACUCACCAGAACUCGCAGCAUUCCCUCAUCUUUGAUCUUCGUCCAGAGCAGAAUUGAAAACUGGAUAAAACCAAAUAAAUGACACGCUCCAUUCCCUUCAGCAAGCCCAGGCUCUUUAUGCAUUUCCGUUCCAACAAAUGAUGGCAGAGGCUCCUCCCGUGGCGGCUAUGGACGAGCAGCACCUGCCAGGAGACGUCCCAACUCCUGCUCCGGAACCGGAACAAGAGACUCCAAAAGGAAGGAAAAGAAAACCCAGAACAACACAACCCAAAAAAACAGUGGAACCCAAAAAACCAGUGGAACCCCAAAAACCUGCCGAGGCCAAAAAAUCUGGGAAGUCCAAAAAGUCAAAAGAAAAGCAAGAAAAAAUUACAGACACGUUUAAAGUGAAAAGAAAAGUAGACCGUUUUAAUGGUGUUUCAGAAGCCGAACUUUUGACCAAGACUCUUCCUGACAUUUUGACAUUCAACCUGGAUAUUGUGAUUAUUGGCAUAAAUCCAGGACUAAUGGCUGCUUACAAAGGGCAUCAUUACCCUGGACCUGGAAACCAUUUUUGGAAGUGUCUGUUUAUGUCAGGGCUGAGUGAAGUCCAACUCAAUCAUAUGGAUGAUCACACUUUACCAGGGAAGUAUGGUAUUGGGUUUACCAAUAUGGUGGAAAGGACGACACCAGGCAGCAAGGAUCUUUCCAGUAAGGAAUUUCGUGAAGGAGGACGUAUUCUAGUGCAGAAGUUACAGAAAUAUCAGCCACGAAUAGCCGUUUUUAAUGGAAAAUGUAUUUAUGAAAUUUUUAGUAAAGAAGUUUUUGGAGUGAAGGUUAAGAACUUAGAAUUUGGACUUCAACCCCAUAAGAUCCCAGACACAGAAACCCUCUGCUAUGUUAUGCCAUCAUCAAGUGCAAGAUGUGCUCAGUUUCCUCGAGCCCAGGACAAAGUGCAUUACUACAUUAAAUUGAAGGACUUAAGAGAUCAGUUGAAAGGCAUUGAACGAAACACAGAUGUUCAAGAGGUGCAAUAUACAUUUGACCUACAGCUGGCUCAAGAGGAUGCAAAGAAGAUGGCUGUUAAGGAAGAGAAAUAUGACCCGGGUUAUGAAGCAGCCUAUGGUGGUGCUUACAGUGAAAACCCCUGCAAUAGCGACCCUUGCAGCUUCUCCUCAAAUGGACUGGCUGCUGACAAUGGAGAAGCAACAUUCGGUGACAUUCCAAAUGGGCAAUGGAUGGCCCAGCCAUUUUCCGAGCAGCUCCCUCCCUUCAGUAGUCAUUGUGGGCCGCAAGGCCAGGAAGAAGAAAACCGUGCUUGAGAAUGGCGUGUUUCAGCUCUGCGUAAAUGCUGCAGUUUUAAUGCAGUUGUCAAGAAGUUGCCCUCAGUUUGCUAACUGAAGUAUUUUAUUAGUAUUUUACUCUUGUGAUGUAAUCAUGUACAGUUGUGUGAUAGAAGCAACUGUAUGAUUGGAAGUAAGUAGCUUGGAAAGGAAAGAAUAGGGUUUUUGUAUGAGUUUUUGUAUUUGAAUUAAUCAUCAUUCCAACUUUUUAUAACUAUAUUUCAUUUAUGAAGAAAUGAAUUUCCUUUGGGGAGUCACUUUUAAUCUAUAAUUUUAAAAUGCAAUGGUCUGGAUGUUUAUACUUGAUGACUAACUGUGCAUAAACCUCCAUUCACCAUUAUCCGUUUUAUGCCUAAGAAGGGCAUAGUCAUAGUAAGAUUUUCCACUGGUCAAGAGGCAGAUGUGUCGGUUUUCAUACAUGAAGUUAACCCUCAGUGGAGUCUCAUGGUAGAAUUUUAGUCAUGUUUGCUGGGUUCCCUGGUUGUGCUCACACUCACAUCUCUUUGUGUUACCAUGGAGAGCGUUUGUGAGUGUUGUUUUGUAGUAGAAACCAGUCACAGUGUGGUCUUGCACUGCGAGCCUAACCCGGCCUCCCUGACAGGUGCUGACCCCCACUUUGGCCUCCUUGCCCCUGGGUAUUAAUCCUCUAGUAGGCAGAGACUAUUCUGUUCGGACAGUAAAUUCCAGAGGAUGGAGUAGAACUUUUAAAACUUCAUAUGUUUUACUUGAGAUAAACAUUUGAUGAAGAAGAAAAUUUCUUUUUAGUAUCUUAUCACUGUUCUAAUCUAUUUAGCUCUAUGGAUGUAAUACAGAAGGUGAUAAAUGAACUUUCAGGCUGAGCAACAAGGUGCUGGAGACAUUUGAUAAUCGUAUUUAAACUGGUGCUUUAUGUACAUGAGAUGUACUAAGAUAAAUAAUACAGAAUUUUUCUUGCUUAGGUAAAUCUAAUAGCCAGUUAUUUAGAAAAUCCUUUCUCUGCAUCAUUGAUACUUGCUACUGUGGACUAAGUGAACCUCAUGGCAAGGUUACUUUGAAGUAAUGUACCUUUGUGAUUUCUUAAUGCAUUUUCCAAGGUGCUACAAACAGUCCAGACUACUAGACCUGGUGGAUACUAAAGCUGGGUAUUCAGAAAUGCCAUCUGAUUUCACGACGGAUCCCUCUGAACAUUCUGAUUUCAUGCAUACCCAGGGAGCAUGCUGUUUUUUAAUAUGAAAAUAUUUAUUAGGUUAAUGUUUGUGUUUUUUUUUUUUUAGGAGAUUAUAUGGUCUAUUCAUCUCUUUAUGAUAAGAGAAACAAAUUUGUGUUGUGGAUCUUAACAUGCUUUUUAUCUGUGGCUAUGAUGGAUUUUUUUUUUUCCUUUAGUCUAGGUCAGGCUGUGUCAACGUCAUUCAUGUUAUUUAAAUCAUGUACUGUACUGCUGUUUACAUGGAUGUUUUUGCGGGUGCUUUGAAGUGCCUUGCAUCGGGAAUGAGGAGCAAUUGAAUUAUUUUUUUCCUGGGAUUAUGUAAAGCAUGUAACUAGGUGUCGCUUUAGUUUAUAAUGAUGUAGCCUCACAGUAGAUCUUUUUUUGUUUUAUUUGAGUGGAGAAAAUGCCCUUUAAAUUAAUGACAGACAUUCGAGUAUGGGUUUGAGGAUUUCCCAAGCACCCAAUAAUGGUGUUUUUCCUUAAAAAUGAUGGAUGAGUAGUAAAUGUUGAUAGAUCCUAUGCAAGACAAUAUGAGACUUUUUCAUUAAAUAACAUUGAAAAAGUGUUUACAUUCAUUUGAAAGUCUGGUGGUUUUUACAAUAAAAAAUGUUCAGAAUGAGUAUCCUGACAUUGCAGAUUUUUCUCUAGCAGGAUUUAGUGGUAUUCUUUUUCCCUUUAAGCCUGAGAUCAAUUUACCUUCUAUCAUACUUAGCAUGUUGAAUAAGAUACAUAAUGAAAAUCAUAAAAAUCUAUGAACAUUUUAUUUUUUCAGACAUCCGUAAAUAAAAUAAUAUAUUAUUCUACAAAAGACAAAAUUGGCAACCCAUUAAAAAAUACCUACACAUGAAAAAUACAUUUAGAAAAAAUUUGAAAUGCAUGGAUUUAAUUGUAAUGCAUAGUUAAGCAGAUUAAUUGGCGAUACGUAGAUGGGUUUCUUUCAACAAUAUACUUCAACAGUAUACUUUUCCUAAUCUUGAUUUCCAAAAGGAAGUAAAUCAGUCCCUGUUGUCCAAGGUACAGUUUGCACACAGGAGUUUUGUUUUUUAUAUUUCAAUUGUGUGAAAGAUCCUGUUCAUAAAGAACAAUGUUAUGGUAGGCUACACAUGGACAAUUCCACGUUUUUGUACCGGGCAUGUUCAUAACAUCAGGUUAUAUCAGCUGUUGUGGUGAUUGAGCUUAAACACCCCUGCAGGGUCAGGAACAAACCAGCUUUCCCAUAAGUCGUUGUGAACACUAGGGAAGUCCCAGGGUUUGUGUCUUCCAUUCCAGUGGAGUAAUUUAGCCUCCUGCAGAAAGUGUUCCGAAUAUCUGGUAUCUGGAUUCCAGCCUUUGUUGUGUUUAGAGGAAAAUAGUAGACUUGUUAGAGAAUAAAAGUUUCAUAUUAAAAAU